AUGGCAUCUGCCAGAACGGCAAUGGCGAUGGGCAUUACAGUGCAGAUUGUACAGAUCCAACACUGCAAGAUCCUAUAUGUCAAAAUCGCUGUGGUUGGAGGUCUCGCCGGCUCACAGAUUACUUAUAACUCAACAAGUGGCCUCUGGGCCUGCUGCUCUUACAAUGGUGGAAAAGCCAAUUGUUCUGAUCCUACCGAUCAGCUUUUUCCCGCGCCUGCUCCAUCCAGUCUUCAAACUGUCCAAUACCUCCCCAAGACUGGUUCCAUUACAUAUAAUAGCUCUGCGACCAGAACAUCUACCUCAAACGCAAAUUCUUCAUCUUCGUCAUCAUCCUCAAAUAUUGGCCCAGGGGCUGCCGCUGGAAUCGGAGUUGGUGUUGGCGUUGGUGUGAUUAUAAUUGCUGCGAUAGUCGCGUUUUUCAUUGCCCAAAAGCGUCGGACGCAAACCUCCAAUAUGGGACUGACUGGUGCAGGAUCCCUUAAUCGGUCUACGCCGCGCGAGUUAGAUAAUAAAGGGAUGGUAUCCGAGAUACAUAGUGGAUGCUAUUUGCCUGAGUUAGCCUCUAAUUCUUAG